UUCAUUUCCUGAGUGCCCUGCCCUUGUGAAGCGCAAGUGUAACAGUAAAUCAUGCCAUGGGGAGUGUUUCAUGUGGGAUGAGGGUGGAGUGAGUAACCAGUGCCAUCACAGCAGAAUAGGAAACCAGAUAUCCGCCCACGCAUUAUAACUGUUUACUGCUUUAACCGGUAUCUAAAACUUAAGGUAAGUGUUUACAGACAUGUGUUUCAAUCUAUAUGAUUAUGAUGAAAAAAUAAAUAAAUUGCACUUACACCUCUACUGUUUUUUUUUCUUUCUAUUUUUCUAAUUUGUAAGUCGCUUUGGAUAAAAGCGUCUGCUAAAUGAAUAAAUGUAAUGUAAUGUAAUGUAUUAUAGUAUGAAGAUAUUUUAAAUGGAGUAAACAGAGUGACAAAUGUUUUGUUCUCGGGAAUAAUUUGUGCUGCUGGGAAGUCCUUUUUUUUGUCAGUCUGUUCACAUGUAGAAAUAUCAGAGAAAUUAGAGUUUUGCUGCAGCAGUCAAACAGUGACUACGUUUACAUGGACGGCAGUAAUCUAAAUAUUGAGCUUAAUCUGAGUAAGAUAAUAAUGUGAUUAAGGUUGGAAACAUGGGUCGCUUUUAGAAUACUCCUGUCAUGUUCCCGUUUUACAUGUUUUAGAACAUAAUUAGAUUAACAGCCCGCGUCAUUACGUCACCGCGCCACGCCGUCCGACGUCCCUCCAGAAUUUCACGUAUCAACAUACAGUUGGUCUUCGUUAUGGUACCGUAUACAGUUCUGGGUGUUUUUAUUUAUUAUUUUUUUUACGAACGCUUUAAGUGCAGUUAAUUAUUUGUCAUGCUGUACGUGCUAAUAGACGACUGCUUGAAGCGGUGGGUGUGUCCCAAAUCGCGUAGUUACCGCCUAUAUAGCAGCCGAGAUACAUGUAUUUUUCCCCACUACAGGCCUGUAGUAGGAAAGUAUGCGAUUUGGGACACAGCCGAACUCUCUUGUUCGCCGUAAAACGUAAAACUGUCGUGUGUGAUCGUGUCCUGUCGCCAAAUGCGGUGAAAACUCCCACACGACGUUCAUAAUGUGAUUAAGGUGUUUACAUGUCUGUAAUACACGUCCAUAAUGCGACUAAAACAGUAGUACUCCACCUGUCUUAAUUAGAUUAUUACUUACUUCGAUUAUGACCUUAAUUAGAUUAAGGAUCCAAAUUUAAAACAUUAUGGCUUUGGACGGAAGACUGAAGUGGGUGAAGUUCCUGCUUUUAUCCUUCAACUUUGUCUUCUUUACGUUUGGCCUGACUAUCAUGACGGCUGGCGUUUGGCGUUUGCUGACUAUGAACAACUUCCCUAAGCUUGUUCAGGCUGGUGGAGUAGCCAUUUUUCUCAUCGUGGUAGGUUUCAUCUUCCUCUUCAUCGCCUUGAUCGGCUGCUAUGGAGUAUGGAAACGGAACUUUUGCAUGGUCACUACGUUUGCCAUCCUGCUCUUCUGUUGCGUGAUCAUGGACGUUGUGAUAGUCAUUGGUGUGUAUACCUUUACUAACAAGGUGCUGGAUAUAUUGGACAAUGAAAUGCAGAGUGAUAUCAACAGCUACAACACAUCUAAACUGGCUAGGGAACGCAUUGAUGUAUUUCAGGAAAUGGUGGGAUGCUGUGGACAAGUGAAUGCCUCUGACUGGGUGAACUUCCAGCCUGACGGUAUCUCCGUCCCUGACACUUGCUGCAGGAUAGUCACAGUGGACUGUGGAGCCGGAGCCAUGAACAACGAAUCCAUAAUCUACACAGAAGGUUGUGUGCCUUUUGUGGAGUAUAUGUACAAGAUGAUGAAGCUCUGGUCUGGCGUAAUAGGUCUUGUCUUUGCUUUCAUAAAGAUCUUUGUUAUUGUGCUUGCCUGUACGCUGAUGUAUGGAAUCCACAAAGGCUAUAAGAUUCAAGAGCCCUUGCUGAUAAGCGACCUUGCUUGUUUCCGCUGUUUUCAGAGACGUGCCCAGCCAGUAUCAGUAUCAGUAUCAGAAGAAGGUAGCCCUCAUCACAGGGUCAAGUGAAUGACUUUGAAAUUCUCCGAAUAUGAAAGGGAGAUGAUACUAACCUUGUUCUUAUUUUUGGAUUUUUAAAAGGGUAAAAAAAAAUAAUAAUUCUGCCUACACGGCGUGUCGUAGUUUUGACUUUUUUCCCCCUUGCUUUUAUCCAAACAACAUUUUUGUCCUUAUGAACAUUCACGUCCAGAAUACUAUUCAGGAGUUGCCAGGUCCUCCAGAAAACAAGCCAAAUUGCCAUGUAAAAUAUUCCAAGAUCAGUAAAACCAGUCCAAAUCCACAAAUAAAAAUGUGACCCUUCCAAAGCAUGCCAUAACCAGAGGUAGUGUGAUAUUUAUGAAGUAGCAUUGUACAAUACGUUUUAAUGAAGCAAUAUUAAAACCACAGACUUCCUAAAUGUUAGAUAUACAAGACCAUUCUAGGACAUACAAUGGAAAUUAAAAGUCUACACACCCCUGUUAAAAUGGCAGGUUGAUAAGAUAAAUCAUAUCAGAACAGAAAUUACAAUGUAUAAAUAUUAAGUGAAAAACAUUUAGAAACAUGUUUUGCAAAAAUAACAAAAAACGUACAAUAACCUAGUUGCGUAAGUGUGCACACCCCUAAACUAACACUUUGCUGAAGCUCAUUUUGAUUUUCUUACAACACUUGGUCUUUUUGGCUAAAGAGUCUAUCAUAUUUUCCCACUCUUACUUUCAACAACAUUCUAGAUCUGUCAAAUAGUGAGGACGUCUCCUGUGCACAGCCCGCUUCAGGUCAGCCCAUAGAUUUUGAGUUGGAUUCAGGUCUGGGCUUGGCUAUGUCAUCGACUAAAAUCUAAAAUCGACUGGUAUUUGUAGCUAUUCAUGGUUCCCUCCAACUUGAUUGAAAAAAAAAAAGUCAAUCACGAUCAAAAAAACAAUAGCGUUAAAGAAAAAACUUACUUCUUACUGCUUGCUUAUUAACACUGCUUCUACCAGCUUACUCUUGUGCUAGAGUAUCUAACAUCAUGUGAAUUCAGGAAAUAUAACCAAAAAUCACCUGUUUCCUGUUCUUUAUAGUGUAUUUCUUAUGUAAAAACAUUCAUAAGUUUUUACAUAACAUUUCCAAAACAUGCUUGCCUUACAGCAUUUCUCUGGAUGAUCCUGAGACUUCUGUGAAACGGUGCUUUAUUCGCAAAAGUUUUAUGCGAUAUUCCAGUUUUAUGCAUAAGUUAAAUUCGCAUCUUUGUAUGGAAACAUAGCUAUUGAUAUGCAUCCUGUUUUAUGCAAAUAUGCCCUUCCACCUAACCAAUCAGUAGUUAACCCAUUGUCUCUGUUGUGUGUCAAGCAUGAU